CUGCGCUCCCCGGGCGGCGCUGGAGGCGAAUCACUGCGCGGAGGGGGCGUGGUCUGUGCCAAGUGGGCGUGACUCCCGACCGAGAGGGCGUGGCCAAGGAGUGCUCGGGCGUGUCUGCACAGGCAGUGGGCGUGGUCACAGGAGGCGUGGGCGUGUCCUGGCGCGGGGGGGCGUGGCCGGGAGCGGAGCGCACCGGAGCUCAGCGGAGCGGAUCGGAGCGGAGCGGCACCGCCGAUCCCCGAACCCCACCGCCCUGCCCGCCCCCAAACCGGCACCAUUCCGGCCCAGCGAGCAGCCCCGGCCGGGCGUCGGCUCAGCCUCGGCCGUAAAACUUUGCUGGCGGCCGCUGCGGGCGUGGUGAUGGUGCUGGUGCUGGUGGUGCUGAUCCCGGUGCUGGUGAGCUCGGCGGGCACCGACGGCCGCUACGAGAUGCUGGGCACCUGCCGCAUGCUCUGCGAGCCCUACGGGGGCACCGCGCCGGGGGGCGGCCCGAUCCCACCGCCCUCCACGCUGGUGCAGGGGCCGCAGGGCAAAGCGGGCAAACCGGGCAAACCGGGACCGCCGGGACCCCCCGGCGAACCGGGCCCGCCGGGAGCUGCGGGCCCGCCGGGGGUGAGGGGCGAAGCGGGCAAACCGGGGCCGCCCGGGCUGCCGGGUUUGGGGGGCACGGGGGCGGUGAGCACGGCCACCUACAGCACGGUGCCGCGCGUCGCCUUCUACGCCGGCCUGAAGAACCCGCACGAGGGCUACGAGAUCCUCAAGUUCGAUGAUGUGGUCACCAACCUGGGCAACAGCUACGAUGCCGCCUCGGGGAAGUUCACCUGUGUCAUCCCCGGCACUUAUUUCUUCACCUACCACGUCCUGAUGCGCGGCGGAGACGGCACCAGCAUGUGGGCUGACCUCUGCAAGAACGGGCAGGUGCGGGCCAGCGCCAUCGCGCAGGAUGCGGACCAGAACUACGACUACGCCAGCAACAGCGUCAUCCUACACCUGGAUGCAGGUGAUGAGGUCUUCAUCAAGCUGGACGGGGGCAAAGCCCACGGCGGCAACAACAACAAAUACAGCACCUUCUCGGGUUUCAUCAUCUAUUCGGACUGAGCCUGGACCCAUGGCAUCGCCCCAUGGCAUCGCUCCACACCCACCCAGCCCCACGGCAUCCCCAUGUGCAGCCCUAUGGCUGGCUGUGGGGCCCAGGAUCCCCCUCCCCCAUCACCCGCUCACCCCAUUGCUGCUAAUCGGGGCGGGGGGAGCAGAAGGGCAGUCCCCUGGCUGCGACCCGCUCAGUGCCCGUGCGAUGUGGGUCAGUAUGGGGUACCUCGUGCCGGGGUUGUGCUGGGGGAGCUGCCUGGCCCCGGGUGACUCCAUGGUAAAGCAGAGC